AUGGAGGCGCGCAACGGAGCCCCUCCGGCAAAGCUGCCGAUGUCGGGGCCACAGAUCUGCAAGCCUUUCGUCGGGCCGCUCACGGUGACCAAGAAGGCGUUCGGCCUCUCAGUCGGGGACUACAACGUCACCGACGCGAGCGGCGUCGUCGUGCUGCGGGUCAAGGGCGAGUUCUUCAGCAGCAGACGCCGCCGAGUCGUCCUGGACGCCGACGGGAGGCUCCUCCUAACCAUGCGAGGAAAGGCAUUCAGCUUUCACAGUACCUGGGAAGUGUUCAGAGGGGGCAGCACAAAUGGAAGUAAUUUGCUUUUCACAGUUAAGAGAUCUUCAGUGAUCCAACUGAACGCAAGCUUGGAUAUCUUCCUGGCUGCUAACAGAGCGGAGAAGGUCUGUGAUUUCAAGAUCAAGGGUAGCUACUUCAACAGAUCAUGUGCAUUCUAUCAUGGUACCACUAACAUCAUGAUAGCUCAAAUGAACCGUCAGUUUGUACUGCUUGGGAAGGACUCGUGUACUGUUACUAUAAUUCCAAACGUUGACCACGCGUUCAUCACAUCUCUUGUUGUGAUUCUGGAUGAGAUAAACCAGUAG